AUGAACUUAAUAAAAAGUAUCGUAUUUGGAAAAUACCUCAUAGUCACAAACACCGUGAGUUGUGGCUUGAUGAUGGGUAUUGGGGAUAUUUUGCAGCAGCGCAGCGAACAAUGGAAACGUAAAUAUUUACAAGUGUCUGCUGAUCAGGAGCUAGAUAUAAUGGAUGAUAAAAAAAAUACUUUAUUCUUUGUCCAAUCCUCGAAUAAUUUCAACAAUGAUAAUCAAAGUAAUCAACUGGUAAAUCUGACCAAUAAAUUCGAGGACAACGAUUCAGCAAGCAGUGGUCUUGACGUCAUCCGCACUCGAAAUAUGACAAUGAUUGGGAUUAUCCAAGGGCCUUUUCAUCAUUACUUUUACGGAUUUUUGGAUAAAUUUUUGCCUGGAAAAACAGCCACGUCAAUUGUUAAGAAAACAUUCCUCGACCAAGUGAUUGCCAGUCCUACAUGUCUUUCUAUUUUCUUUUUCGGUCACGAGAUGCUAGAGCAGCGAGAUCUUCGCUUGAUCUACGGGGAAAUUUUGGCGAAGCUUUUAGAGACUUAUAAAGUGGAUUGUUGCUUUUGGCCACCCACUCAAAUAGUCAAUUUUUUGUUCAUACCAAUACAGUACCGCGUGAUUUAUAUCAACCUAAUGAAUGUUUUCUACAACAUAUUUUUAUCGCACACAAAAUAUAUCAGUCUGCAGCGACUUCUUGUUAAUGGAAAGUUUACAGAGAUAAUAAAUCAAUUUUUAAUCCAUCAUCGAUCAGCAGUAUCUUAUCAUAGUGCGAGGCACAACAAAAUAGAUUUCCGCAAUAACAAUCUGAAAUAA